AUGCUCUCGGUCACAACCUACUUGUGCCGAAGCAUUCCCAGACCAAACGCCAACCCCGCCAUCGCCACCAUAACCGUGCUACGACCCCUCCAACCUCGAGCUCGAUUUUCCACGACAGCCCGCACAAUGGCCCCCCCUCAAGCCGCCCUCGACUUUGUCGAUUUCGUCAACGCUUCGCCCACCCCCUACCACGCCUGCGCGACCGCCGCUGCCCGCCUUGAGAAGGCCGGCUUCACAAAGAUCAAGGAGCGGGACUCCUGGAACUCCGCCCUCCGCCCCGGCGGCAAAUACUACCUCACUCGCAAUGGCUCGUCCAUUGUCGCAUUCGCCAUCGGCAAGAAGUGGAAGCCCGGCAACCCGGUUGCCAUGAUCGGCGCCCACACUGACUCCCCUUGCCUCCGUAUCAAGCCCGUCUCCAAGAAGAACAACGUCGGUUUCCUGCAAAUCGGUGUCGAGACUUACGGUGGUGGAAUCUGGCACAGUUGGUUCGACCGCGACCUCAGCAUUGCCGGUCGCGUGCUUGUCAAGGACGCUGACGGCAACUUUGUCCAGAAGCUGAUCAAGGUCGACAAGCCCUUGCUGCGCAUCCCAACCCUGGCCAUCCACCUCGACCGGAGUUCCAGCUUCGACCCCAACAAGGAGAAUGAGCUGUUCCCCAUCGCCGGCCUGGCCACGGCGGAGCUGAACAAGGGCGUCGCCAAGCCUGAGGAUACUGAUGACUCCGAGGAGGACUUCAAGCCCCUCAAGGCCAUGACAGAGCGCCACCAUCCCCACAUCCUAGACGUUAUUGCCUCUCACGCCGAGGUCGAGCCCGAGGCUGUUGUUGACUUUGAGCUCGUCCUCUACGACGUGCAGAAGUCGUGCCUGGGCGGCCUCAACGACGAGUUUAUCUUCUCCGCCCGCCUUGACAACCUCAACAUGACGUACUGCUCAGUUGAGGGCCUUAUCGCCUCCGUCCGCGACGAUAGCGUCCUCGACAACGAGACCACUAUCCGCCUGGUUACCUGCUUCGACCACGAGGAGAUUGGCUCCACCUCCGCCCACGGCGCCAACUCGAACCUCCUCCCCGCCGUGUUGCGCCGCCUCGCUUCGCUGCCCGGCAGCCGCGACACGGCGUCUGACGGCUCAUACGUUGCCGUAUCCCAUGACGGCGACUACGAGUCCACGGCCUACGAGCAGACCCUCUCGCGAUCCUUCCUCGUGUCGGCCGACAUGGCGCACUCGGUACACCCCAAUUACGCCGGCAAGUACGAGUCCAGCCACCAGCCCGCCAUGAACGGCGGCACCGUCAUCAAGGUCAACGCCAACCAGCGCUACGCCACAAACUCUCCCGGUAUUGUCUUACUGCAGGAGUGCGCUCGUCUCGCGGGCGUGCCGCUGCAACUGUUCGUCGUCCGCAACGACUCUCCCUGCGGCAGCACCAUCGGUCCCAUGCUCAGCGCUAAGCUCGGCGUCAGGACAUUGGACCUGGGCAACCCUCAGCUCAGCAUGCACUCCAUCCGUGAGACAGGUGGCAGUGCCGAUGUCGAGCAUGCCAUUAAAUUGUUUGAGAGCUUCUACGAGCGGUUCGGCGAGUUGGAGGAGAAGAUCCUUGUCGAUUAA